ACUCGAGCUCAAGUCCAGCUUGUGGAUACUAUCGUUUUUUCCUGAAUCGAAGAAAAAUGAUAUCAAAAUAAAGAACCACAGGAUAAGAAGAGUGGAAGUUCUCCUUUAAUGAUCAGACUGGAGUGAAGUGAAGUCAGGAAUAUGUCUCAGAGCUGCCGUCUGCUCACUGGUUUCUGUCUGAGCUGCGUUGGAUGGGUUGGGAUCAUCAUCGCCACCUCCACCAAUGACUGGGUGAUGACCUGUAAGUAUGACAUGAACACCUGCAAGAAGAUGGACGAGCUGGAGUCCAAGGGCUUGUGGGCAGAGUGUGUGGUCUCCACCUCUCUGUACCACUGCAAGGCGCUCAACCAGAUCCUCACCCUGCCCGCUCAUGUGCAGGUGGCGCGCGCGCUCAUGCUCUCCGCCUGUCUGCUCGGUCUGCCCUCCGCUCUGCUCGCGCUGCUGGCGGCGCCCUGCGUCACUCUGAACGACGAGCACGAGGGGACUAAGCGGAAGCGCGCGAUGCUCAGCGGAGCGCUCAUGCUCAUCAUGGCUGUGUGUGGGACAGUGUCCACCGUAUGGUUCCCCAUCGGAGCUCAUCAUCAAGACGGCCUGAUGUUGUUCGGCUUCUCUCUUUAUGCGGGAUGGUUAGGCUCCGUCCUCUGCUUCCUGGGGGGCUCUGUCAUGACCUGCUGCUCGGGGGACGAUGCUCCAGCCCAGAGGCCCGAGAACCGUUUCUACUACUCCAAACAGAGCGGCCUGUCCAACUCAGUCCAGGCUACUAACAACCAUGCCAAGAGUGCACAUGUGUGAGAGCGGAGAUGUGGACUGGACUGGACUUCAAACAGGCUCUUCAACUGAAGGAGGGAAUGUUCUGCCUUUCUCUCUCAACACAGAUGGACUUACACACAUAUGGAUAGGGGAGUUUCUGCUGCCCUGGUUUGAUCGCAACCAUGCACAGAUCUAACACUCUGACUUGAUCAAAGUUUCUCAUUCCAGUCUGGACACAUCUUCAGAUGGACCUGGAAAAACAGGCCAAGAAGAAAACCCACUAUUUCUCCUCCCUUUGUCCUCCCUAUAACGCAUAGCCCUUUUUGUUCUUUGCUUUGUUCGUCUGUUAUUCAGAGUAAUUUGCGUUAGUCUUGCACCAAGCAGUGUUUAUUUGUAAUGCAUCUCUGUCUGCUCUGGUAAGAAAUCAUCAGCCUUUUUCUUCUUUUUGUUUCUUUCACCUGGCCUUGUGAUAUAUAGACAGACAGCAGACAGGCAGGAAGCCAGAGGCCAGGUGUCUUCUCCAUGUUUUUUCCUGCAAAAGCUCUUCCCUCCAUCCUGCUCAAAGACUCUCAGGAAAUCUGGUGGUAGGGGUGGGCAAUAUGGCAAAAAUAUUGUUUGACCAUAUGUAAAGGGGUGGGCGAUAACCUCACAAUACUCACAAGACAUUUUUACGAUACACUGUAAGUAGCAAAACAAUUUUUAGUUUACGCCAGAAGAGGGCAACCCAAACAUUAAAAAGAGCCAUAACCGAAAUCAAACCACCUUGGGAGCCACAACAUUUUAUGUCCAUUUUACCAUCUUGGCUGUAAUUAUGUCUCAGUAUGUGCUGAUGUGCUUGUAUAGUCUAAAAAGUAUAUUAUAAAUGAAAACACAGACUUAAGCUUUA